UGACAGUGAUAUUUGAAAAAUUUUGAGGUUAUGUUAUACCUAGGCGCUAGGCGGGAAACACUUCACUUCUUUGCUUUGAAUAAUUCUUUUGAUAAAAUAGGGAGUUAUUACAAGUAAAUAUGGGUAUUUUAAAUUUAACUAAACUUUUAGCGGAUGUAGCUCCUCAAGCGUUAAAAGAUUAUGAACUAAAAAACUAUUUUGGAAGAAAAGUUGCUGUAGAUGCCUCUAUGUGUCUUUAUCAGUUUUUAAUAGCAGUUAGAGCAGAAGGAGCACAACUAACCUCUGCAGAUGGUGAAACUACAUCUCAUCUUCUGGGGGCCUUCCAUAGAACUAUCCGUUUAGUUGAAAAUGGUAUUAAACCAGUCUACGUUUUUGAUGGAAAACCUCCAGACCUGAAAUCAGGAGAACUUAAUAAGAGACAGGAGAAAAGGAACGAGGCACAAGCAGCACUUGCCAAAGCUACAGAAGCUGGGGAUGCAGCUGAAAUUGAUAAAUAUAACAGAAGGUUGGUAAAAGUCACUAAACAACAUUCUGAAGAAGUGAAGCAGCUGUUGACAUUGAUGGGAAUACCUUAUGUUAAUGCUCCAUGUGAAGCUGAAGCUCAGUGUGCUGCAUUAGUAAAAGCAGGAAAAGUAUAUGCUACAGCUACAGAGGAUAUGGAUGCACUUACAUUUGGCUCAAAGGUCUUAGUAAGACACAUGACAUUUAGUGAAGCAAGGAAAAUGCCAAUUCAAGAAAUUCAUCUAGAUAAAGUUUUAACAGGAUUAGAUUUAACUCAAGAACAGUUUAUUGAUCUGUGCAUAUUAUUGGGUUGUGAUUAUACUGAUAGCAUAAGAGGCAUUGGUCCGAAGAGAGCAAUAGAAUUGAUUCAAAAACACAAAAGUAUUGAAAGCAUCAUCCAAAACAUAGACAAAGAUAAAUACCCAAUUCCAGAAAAUUGGAAUUAUGAAGGGGCUAGAGAACUCUUCAAGAAUCCAGAAGUGUCAGAGGCAGACGAUAUUGAAUUAAAAUGGGGCGAACCAGAUGAAGAGGAACUAGUGAAAUAUUUAUGUGGAGACAAAAAUUUCAGCGAGGACAGAGUGAGAAACGGGGUCAAAAAACUUAUGAAAGCCAAAGGCGGAUCAACACAAGGCAGAUUGGAUGGGUUCUUCACAGUUCUUUCGACCACUCCAGCUAAGAGAAAGGUAGAUGAUAAGAAAAAUACUCCUAAUAAGCGAGGAAAGGCAACGGGUAAAGGAAGGGGUAGAGCAAAAUAAAUAACAGUAUGGAUAGGUAUUUUUAUGAAAAUCAAUAUCGAUCUAAUGAUAGAUUUUUAUAACAGCGAAAAAUUGUUUGUAUAUUAUGAUAAGUCGGUGUAAGAUAAGUUUAACAAAAUAUUUGAAAGAUCCGCUAUAUCUAAAGUCAAAAAUUUAUUAUUAUACAGUUGGCUUUAAAUAGAAGUUAAGAUGUAACAUAUGUGGAGAUAAGAUGUCUAGUAUAAUUUAUUAAUUACAAAUUUUUGCAAAUUUUUUAUUGGAAUCAUAGACAGUGUUGCUUGACAAAAUUUGAUAAGAUAUUUGUCUUUAUAAGUUAGAAAAUGCUGGACAUUCUCUGGAAUCUUCAAUCUUUAAUGAACAUUUUAUGCAUCUAUUUCUGAAUUUGGGAGAUUAAUUUUUGUUAAAAAAGAGUAACAGACGACGCAAUAAUAAUGGUCUUCCGAACUGAUAGCUUAAUAAAAUGGAUUGCUAUUUUUUUGACCUCACUUGUGAGUGAUUUACAUUUUUAUUAUUUAAAUUCCUUAAAAUUAAAAAAAAAAUGGUAUUUUGAAAAUUCUAUUUUUAUUCUAAUAGUCAUCAUCUCUAUUGUACACUAUGGUUUAUUUUUUAACCAAGAGGAGUAAACUAAAAAGACAGAUUCACACCCAAGAAAGUCACCAAAUACAUCUUCUUUUUUGGUUGAUCAUGUCGGCCUUCAACGGUAAUCCAUAAAUAUUAUAUUAUGUAUAAUAAUACGUCGGUAAAGAGCUCUAAAAACAACUGCUUUUAAUAUAAAAGCAAUGUAAAAAUCUAAAAAUUAAAGGAAUAACACAGAAAACACAAAAAAUCGUCGAUAUAACUUAAUUAACCUAUUUGUGCCAAUAAUGUCAAAAUUUUAUAAAUGUCAUUAGUGUCAAAAUUUAUUAACAGUUUAGUAAACUUGCCUGCGGUUGAACCAAUUACAAACGAGCAUUACAGAGCGGUCAAUUUGAAUCACUCCUCUUGGUUUAAAAACAAACUAUAGUAGUGUAUCAUCUUCCACGCACUGGCGUCUUGCACUGACUUACUCUAAUUUAAAACAUUUGUUACUUAAUACGUUUUGUAUGUUUGUAAACGUUUAUUGUUAAUUUCAUGUAACUCAAAAAAUUGCCCUGAAAAAUAUUUGUAAGAAUAGAUCUAAUUAAAUUGUAGUAAUAAUGAAAAAUGGUUUAACGUAAAAAAUCCUGUACGUAUUUAUAAGCUUUUAGAUUUGUAAUUCUUUUCUACCAGUAUGUGACCAGAGGAAAUAUUUUUAGUUUUUAUUUAUUUUGUAUAAUUCAACAAUUAUUCGUCUUGAAAUCAUUAUUGGAAUUAGUUUUGUAAAGAUAUUAGAAAUUGACUGAAAAAAUUAUACAGUAAAAAUAAUGAUUUAUGAA